GGAAAGAAAGUAUAGUAGAAGAACAGGAAGAAAGAGAGCAAAGAAAAAAGACUGGGAAAAAAAGUACAGAAGAAGCAAGAAAGAAGAAGACGGCUGCGUGAAAAAUAAGAAGAAGAAAAAAAUGUUGUUUUGAAUUAAAACCCUAGAAUUGGCUUGGGUUAUUUUUAAUUAAAAAUGUCUUGUUUUUACCGUGGGCUAAGUUGGAGCCCAAGCCCAAUAUCUUCCCUAUAUUUUCUAUGCACCAAACUAGCUUCCAAAUUCUUGAAGACACAAAAAUAAAAAAGAAAAUGAACGAUAGUGUAGGAAAAUUAGUAGUAUAUCUAAUUUUUCUAUGAACCUAAUUUACGCUCCCGAUAGUGUAGGAAAAUUAGUAGUAUAUCUAAUUUUUCUAUGAACCUAAUUUACGCUCCCGAUACGUUCCACGAAUUUCAUUUUUUGAGAUUUUCACGAAUUCCGUUCUCGUUCCCGCUCCCGCUCCCGACCUCAUUCCCGUUCCUGGCUACUAAGGGAUAUGCACCUAUUUGUUUAGGUAUUGAAGAUUUCUAUGUUAGACGUGUGUAUCUUCGUGCUCAGGAUUGUUUUAAUCGACCAAUUGCAAGCGCUCCUGAUUCUUGGAUUGAUGUGGUUGACCGUUACUAUGAUGAUACCAUCAAGACACUCAAACGAGCCACGAAUACAAGUAAAUGUCUCAACUUGGGAUCAUACAAUUACCUUGGGUUUGCAGCAUCAGAUGAAUACUGCACUCCACGUGCUGUCGAGUCAUUGAAGAAAUUUUCACCAAGUACAUGCAGCACUCGCGUAGAUGGUGGAACGACAACAUUACAUGUGGAAUUAGAAGAUUGUGUUGCUAAAUUUGUUGGAAAGCCAGCUGCUAUGGUAACUGGUAUGGGAUAUGUCACAAAUUCUGCUAUCCUUCCAGUUCUGAUUCGUAAGGGUGGGUUGAUUAUUAGUGAUUCCUUGAACCACAACUCCAUUGUUAAUGGUGCUCGAGGAUCAGGGGCCGUAGUACGAGUUUUCGAGCAUAACACCCCGUCCCACUUGGAAGAAGUUUUGAGGGAACAAAUUGCACUUGGACAGCCUCGGACACGUAGGCCUUGGAAAAAAAUAAUUGUCGUUGUAGAGGGGAUAUACAGCAUGGAAGGAGAGCUCUGCAAACUUCCUGAGAUCAUACAAGUGUGCAAGAAAUACAGGGCAUAUACUUAUUUGGAUGAGGCUCAUAGUAUUGGCGCAGUUGGGAAGUCCGGCAGAGGAGUUUGUGAGCUUCUAGGAGUGGAUACUGCCGAUAUAGACAUAAUGAUGGGGACUUUUUCAAAAUCUUUUGGAUCAUGUGGUGGUUACAUAGCAGCAUCCAAGGAGGUUAUUGAAUAUCUAAAGUUCUCAUGCCCUGCUCAUCUAUAUGCGACUGCAAUUUCACCACCUGCUGCACAACAGAUUAUAUCUUCCAUAAGGGUUAUUCUUGGGGAAGAUGGUUCUAGUAGAGGGGCUCAAAAACUUGCAAGUAUUCGUGAGAACAGCAACUUUUUCCGAUCAGAAUUGCAGAAGAUGGGAUUUGAGGUCCUUGGAGACUUCGACUCUCCAGUAAUGCCCAUCAUGCUUUACAAUCCAUCAAAAAUCCCUGCCUUUUCUCGAGAGUGCCUUAAACGGAAUGUCGCUGUUGUCAUAGUUGCUUUCCCAGCAACCCCACUGCUGUUGGCCAGGGCACGUAUUUGCAUAUCUGCUUCUCACACCAGGGAAGACCUGUUAAAAGCUCUAGAGGUUAUCAGCGAAGUUGGCGACCUUGUGGGCGUAAAGUACUUGCUCGCUGAGCCCAAGAAGCGGGAAGACGGCAGGGUAAAGCUCGAGUGAGAAAUAAAUGUCACUCAUGACACAAAGCCUCAGGAAGGGAUUUUGGUCCGUCAACUCUAGUUUUGUCUAUGAGAGUGAACUUU